AUGUGCGUUGACUAUUCGAGUCUCAAUCGUGCAUGCUCGAGAGACUGCUAUCCCCUCCCAAGGAUCGAUCAGCUGGUCGACGCAACUGCCGGGCAUGCCCGUCUGUCGUUAUAUGAUGCCUUCUCCGGUUACAACCAGAUCAGAAUGGCGCCCGAGGACCAAGAGCACACGGCUUUCAUCACCGAUCUAGGGGUAUAUUUCUACAAAGCCAUGUCGUUUGGGCUUAAAAACGUAGGCGCCACCUAUCAGAGGGCUGUGAACAAAAUGUUCGACGCACAAAUCGGGCAAAACGUCGAAGUCUAUGUCGACGAUAUGAUCGUGAAAAGUCGCAUGGUGGCAGACCACCUGACCGACUUGGCCGAGACAUUCUCCACACUCCGGAGGUAUGGCCUGCGACUAAACCCGGCGAAGUGUGUUUUCGGCGUCAAUUCGGGAAGGUUCCUCGGAUUUAUUGUGCAUGAAAGAGGAAUUGACGUGAAUCCGGAAAAGGUUCAAGCGGUCAUCAACAUGCAGGCCCCUCGAACAAUCAAGGACUUCCAUGUCCUGAACGGGCCCGAGGAGCGGUAUCCGCCAAUCGAGAAGCUUGCUUUGGCGCUCGUGCUUGCAUAUCGGAAACUACGCCCCUACUUCCAAGCUCACCCGAUUGAGGUAAUCAUUGAUCAGUCGCUCCAGCAAGUUCUGUCUAAGUUUGAUGUUGCAGGACGGCUCCUCAAGUGGUCGGUAGAACUCGGAGAAUUCGACAUACAUUAUGUACCGAGAACUGCUAUCAAAGCCCAGUCCAUGGCCGACUUCGUCACGGAACUAGUUGAAGACGGGAAUGGAAGCUCCGAGCAAACAGAGGAGGCGUGGGACCUGCACGUGGAUGGCUCGGCUACCUCCAUCAACGCGGGCGCAAGGUUGGUACUCUCGGCACCCGACGGACGCUCGUUCGAAUGCUCCUUCCGCUUCGGGUUCCGGGCAACCAAAAAUGAAGCCGAGUACGAGGCACUCCUGGCAGGACUCAAACUGGCCCUUGAAAUGCAGGUGGACGCCAUCCACGUCUUCACUGACUCGCAGCUCGUCGCCGAGCAACUCAAUGGUGGAUACGAAGCCAGGGAACCGACCAUGGCAAAGUACUUAGCGGAGGUAAAAAGCCUAGCCUCCAACUUCUCCCACUUCACGAUAUCUAAGGUGCCGAGGAGCCAAAAUGAACGAGCCGAUGAGUUGGCAAAGAUGGCCUCAGGACCAGACCACGAAAACCACAUCAAGGUUAAAGAGCUCCCAUCCCGCGCCAUCUCGGUUUCAGCUAUAACUCCUACCGAGGCGCGCGCCAUGUGGGUACAAGAGAUGUUGCUCUUCAAACGCAACGGGAUUCUUCGCAACGACGAGGCCGUAGCGCGGCGCAUUCGCCGAACGUAA